AAAAAUUUGUGGGGUUUUUUCCCUUGUGUGUUAUGGAAACAAGUUAGGCUAACGUUUAUUUUCUUGUGUGCAUACGAUAAUUUACUAUGAACGAAUAUGCAUUACUAACGAUGUCUUCGGUGGUGUAGACUGUGUAGUUAUUAUUAUGUUGGGAUAUUUUCUUACUGCCCUUACCUGUAGCCUGUUAACUGGACCUCACUCCGUCCUCACCAAAAUGGCCGCCGCUCUGGGUCCGCUCUGUUCCUCUGCGGUAGUUUAUGGUUGCUUAGCAACUUCAGAACGCCAUGGGAAGAAGAAGAGCAGAAUGGCUGGGGACCUGUAAAGAUACCUGACAAGGACACCGUGUCUGGAAACAUUUCCGUCUCAACCUGUUGUUAAUUAAGACUUAAUUUAAAUAUUGUAGCAGCUGGUGUUUGAUUCUCUCUGCUCGUCAGCUUUACUCAGUGGAUUUUAACCGGGAUUUGAACUGUUGGUUAGCUGUUAGUCGGCAGAGCUGGUCAUCUAAUUAUCCAGGCUAACGCUCAUUAGGAUCCUGCUGCAGCUCAGCUGUUCAGACAUGUAUGUAUAAGUCAUUUUCCUUGCUUUUAUCUGUUAUUUAUUGCACACACCACCUGCUGUGGAGUGAAUGUGGAGACAUGGGGUCAGAGUCAGUGAAGGUGGUGGUCAGGUGCAGGCCCCUGAAUGACAGGGAGAAGGCUCUGAGCUCUAACAUGGUGCUGUCCAUGGACCUGCACCGCUGCCAGUGCUUCAUAGAGAAGCCCGGGGCGGUGGAUGAGCCACCCAAACAGUUCACCUUUGAUGGGACCUACUUCAUUGAUCAGACCACUGAGCAGAUGUACAACGAGAUCGCCUAUCCUCUGGUUGAGGGUGUCACUGAGGGAUACAAUGGCACAAUCUUUGCCUACGGACAGACUGGAAGUGGGAAGUCUUUCACCAUGCAGGGAGUAUCAGAUCCUGCAGCCCAGAGGGGGGUCAUCCCACGUGCCUUUGAGCAUAUCUUUGAGAGUAUUCAGUGUGCAGAAAAUACAAAAUUCCUGGUGAGAGCCUCCUACUUGGAGAUUUACAAUGAGGAAAUCCGAGACCUUUUGGGGACUGACACCAAACAGAGAUUGGAGCUGAAAGAGCAUCCAGAGCGUGGGGUGUAUGUGCGUGACCUCUCCAUGCACACCGUGCACAGCGUGGGGGAGUGCGAAAGAAUCAUGGAGCAGGGCUGGGGGAACCGGGCGGUGGGCUACACGCUGAUGAACAAGGACUCCUCCCGCUCGCACUCCAUCUUCACCAUCCAUUUGGAGAUCUGCAACACAGACGCAUGUGGCCAGGAUCAUCUCCGAGCAGGUAAACUCAACCUUGUUGACCUGGCAGGGAGCGAGCGUCAGUCUAAAACCGGUGCUACAGGUGAGCGCCUCCGCGAGGCCACCAAGAUCAACCUCUCCCUCUCAGCCCUGGGUAACGUCAUCUCCGCCCUGGUGGACGGACGCUCCAAAUACAUCCCCUACCGCGACUCCAAGCUGACCAGGCUGCUGCAGGACUCUCUGGGAGGAAACACCCGCACCUUGAUGAUCGCCUGUCUCUCCCCAGCAGAUAAUAACUACGAGGAGAGCCUGAGCACGUUGCGCUACGCCAACCGCGCAAAGAGCAUCCAGAACAGGCCUCGCAUCAAUGAGGACCCCAAGGAUGCUCUGCUGCGGGAGUAUCAGGAAGAGAUAAAGAACCUGCGGGCCCUCAUCUCAGGACAGCUGGGCACUGCUAACUUUGCAUCUCUGCUGGCCGGUCAGCUGUCUGAGGCAUCUCCUGCUGUUCCUCCAAGGCCACAGUCCAACACCACAGAAGCAGAGAAGGAGAAGAUAAAAGAGGAGUACGAAGAGAAGCUGGCCAAGUUACAGGCUGAGUACAAUGCAGAGCAGGAGUCCAAAGCAAAGCUGCAGGAGGACAUCGCUGCCCUGCGCUCCUCCUAUGAGUCCAAGUUGUGUAAUCUGGAGAAGGAGCGAACCAGCAGGGGGAGCUCUGUCCCAAAGAAUGAGAACAGAAAAUCAUCUGGCCCCAACAAAGAACCACCAUCAGUAAGCUCCAGCUGUGUGACAGAGGCUGAUGAAGAGGAGCUCUGUCACAACACUGAUCUGAUGUGCCACAGUACAACUGGAGAAACUUCCCAAACCAAGCUGAGCCAGCCUGCUGUAGUCCAGAGAGGUCCAGACAGAGAGGGGCUCAUGGACUCACCUGACGUCACCACUGCCGGGCCUCUGGACCAGCAACGUGUCCUGGAAAGACUGCAGCAGCUGGAGCAGGAGGUGGUCGGAGGAGAGCAGGCCAGGAACAAAGAGUUACAGCAGAGACAGAGGCAGAGGAAGAACCUCGCUGACCAGAGAAAAGUCCAGCUUAUCCGCGCUCUGUCAGAUAAUGGCGAGGAAAGUGAAAAUGUACUGUUGAACGUCUACAACUCAAUCCAGGAAGAGGUCCAUGCCAAAAGUCAAAUGCUGGUUAAGGUCCAGGGCAAGCUGAAAGCAGCCAAACUGGAGAUCCGAGACCUGCAGGCAGAGUUCGCGGUGGAGAGGGAUGACUACCUGGCAACGAUCCGACGGCUGGAGAGGGAGGGCCAGUUACUGCACAGCCUCCUGGAGCGCAUGGUUCCCCUGGUGCGCCGUGACUGCAACUACAGCAACCUGGACCGCUUGAAAAAAGAAGCUGUGUGGGACGAAGACAGCGCCACCUGGAGGCUGCCGGAUGUGACGGUGCAGAAAACAACCCUGCCUUCAGCUGUGGCUCCGAAACUUUCAGCCAGCAGAAGUUCAGCCGUAGAUACUGGAGAGCCAUUCAUGGUUGAAGAAGACAGGUACAAGGAAAUGCUGAACCGUAGUGACAGUGAGAACAUCGCCAGCAGCUACUUCAAGUCAAAAAGAGCGAGCCAGCUGCUGGGACGUGAAGCUACAAAGACACACACCAUCCACUCUCCUCCCCUGGUUAACGGGACGAGCCACCUCACUCUGAGUGGUUCCACUAUGAACUCCUCUGUCAGCUCAGACUCCGUCCUGCCACGUCCCUUCCGCCUGGAGUCGUUGGGUGUCCCGGUGUCCAAUGGUAAGGUGAAACGCAAAAAAAGCAAAUCUCACAUCCCUAACGAGGGGAUAUGAAAGGACUGUUCCCAUGCUGUACAAUACAUAAACACAUCCCACUGUCAUCUGAUUUUGACUUAAAAGCAUAGAAAUAUUUUAUUUAUGUGCUUUAAGAGAUUUCAUACACUGUGACUGGUCACAUACAUUAUAUAUUAAAUUAUUAAAUUUUUAAUAACCCUUGAUGAACAUGAAUGUAUACAGUAGGCACUUGUUGUGGACAUUACGAAUCCAGUUUCGUCAUGUGUUUUGAAUGUUCCUUUUGAAGAAGAUGUUACCUGCAGUAUGAUGCUACCCUUGAAUCUUUGCACUGUACCUAAAACCUUGUGAUUCGUGCACUGUGAGACUCAAAGUCCAGCUACGGUAAUAUUUAACCUCUAAUGUAUUCUGCUGUCGCUCAUUGUAAACCACAAACCUGUUCCUCAUCUAACAUCUAAAAUUCCAUACUUGGUGCUGAAUAGAUGAAAUAAAAUGA